UAAAACGCGCGGGUAAAUUUUACGAAAUCGUUAAAUUGCAAUUCAGGCAAACACAAACGAAAAUGAUGAGAUGAAUCGAAAUUGUCUGAAGUUUCUGAGUUUUCUAAUGGAAGAGUGCAUGAAAUUCGUUUGUGAAUGGAGAUGAACGGAUGAAAAUGAGGUUUGUUUCUCUCUCUUUCCCUGAAAAUUUGGGGACGACGUUGAUCCAGACGAGUUCUUCGAGGAUUUCGCCACAUUUGCCCUAAAAAGGAAUCUAGAUCGAUACCUUCGGAGCCAACUCUCAAUUUCCAUUUUCUGCAAUUUCUUCUACUUUUGAAAAUCCUUCCUCCUAAAUCCUGUUUCUGUUGAUCAUACAUACAUUCUAGAUCUGAUCAUCUUUCACCUUUGGCUUGAUGAUCCAUCUGAAACUUUCAAUGAAUUUUGGAUGAUGAAUUUGAGAGGAGCGGAUGGAAAAGGGAAGAGGAAGUUACGAGGAGAAUCGUGAUUACAAUCUUAUUCACAGCAACGGCAUUAGUGUAAAUCGGACGAUGCAGAACAAAAUGGAGAUCAAUGCAACCAGCUCUUCUGAAGAUUUGUCCUCGAUUUCAUUGUUUUCUGGCGUUGGCUACAUCGAGCAUCCUGUUUCAAAGUUCGAUACUCUUGCCGGGAUUGCUAUAAAGUACGGCGUCGAGGUCUCGGACAUCAAGAGAAUGAAUGCAUUGGUUACAGACCAUCAAAUGUUUGCUCUCAAAUCACUACAGAUUCCAACUCCUGGAAAGCACCCUUCUCCUCACUUAUCUGAAGAUCUUGACAUUCCCAGGAAGAGUAAUUGUGAGCAAGAUUCAACUCGACUCAUAUCCUUUAAUCUAUUGGACUCAUUCCAAUCACUGAGAAUGAAAUCCUCCGCACUCAAAACUCCCUUACAAGCCACCCAUCAAACGAACAUACCAGCAAUCUGUGAAAUGACUGCCUACAGAAAAGGUGAAUUCGACCAUUUGGGAGCUCAUCCCCUGCUAGCAUCCUCCCCUAAUCUCCGUGGAGGCCGCCAUAGAAAAUCAAGAAGCUUUGCAAAUGGUUUUCCUUUUGAAAACGUUGAAUUCACAGAUGUCGUUACCGCUCAAAAUGGAACAACUGACUCGAUCAAAGGGGGUGAAAAACGGGUCAGAAGACGCCAGAAAUCUAUGGCGGACUUCUCCACCGCUACCGAAAGCAUUUCGAACAAGACGUAUGCCAGCAAUAAUGGUGACUGUUUGUCAUUGACAAGAAAAAGCUUAGAGGUGAGACUGAAAGGAGCUCUUGCAAGAACUAAUGCUGCAGCAUCAAAUGGGGUUACUGAAGUGAGUAAAUUGACACCAAAUUUAACGGAUGAUUUGGGAGGAGACUCGUUUAUGAGAAGAUCAUCAAGUACAUGUAAUUUACAGGAAGUUGAAAAAGGAAAUUCUUCCUCAUCCAUGUGGUCAACAUCUUCUUGGAGUUUGAAAACAGAUCUUCAAGCACUUUCAUCUGCAAAGGUAACCAAGUCGAUAUUUGAAGGUUUGCCAAAGCCAGGAUCAACCAGGUAUAAAGCUUCAAUGGAUUGAUUAAUAAUCCAUUGGUUUUAACAAAAUUUAUAUGAGGAUGACCCAGCUCAAUGAUCAAAACCCUUGUUUGUUUGAGAUUUCGAGCAAAGAUUUUGAAUAAGAAGAACCCAUCAAUUUUGACGAUGAAAGAACAUUCUUUUUUGAAUGUGUAAUCUAUGUGAGAAGGAAAUUACUAAACUACUACGUUCAUGCUGUAACUUCAUACCCGGUGAAUGGAUAAAGUAUCCCCUGAAGUAUAU